UCCAGACGUCGACGUCCAAUAGCACCUCGAGCGUCGUAUACGCAGCUCAACAAGAACGAAGUUCCGGUUUGAGGUUAUCAUGGCCCAAAAGUCUAAAGAAGCCGGACAGGCUCCAAUAGACGAUCGCACCUUGGAAAUCAUCCACGAGUAUAUACUGGGUGUCUCCGACGUAGAUUCGGACCUUAGGGAACCUCACUUGAGGCCGUCUUUGGUCGAGAGUUACAAGUUUGUUAUAUUCGCGUUUUGUCUUCAGAUAGCUGUUGGGUUUGUGGUAAAUGCGGUGGUAUUUUUGGCGAUUUUGAAGUAUAAGUUGUAUAAAGAUGCCACUUUCGCUUUCGUGUUGAAUAACACGAUCUGCGAUUUGGUCAAGUGCGUGUUUGUACUUCCGCUGUCUGUUUAUGUUUUGCUGGUGCAGAAUUGGGUGCUUGGAGAGUGUAUGUGCUCAUUUCUGCCUAUGAUACAGGACAUUCCAAUGCAUGUUACAACCUUAACCUACACACUUAUGGCUUGGGAUCGUCUACGCUUCAUCAAGAAACCGUAUCGACCACGUCUUCCUGCUUUUGUUUGCUGUUUUGGCACGUGGCUUAGUGCGAUGUGUCUAGUUUUGCCCUAUCCCCUCUACAUCAUCUACAUUGACCUAGGGACAUAUGUGGCUGAAUUGGAUGGAGUCGGACUAUGUAUUUACAAUUUGGUAGACAAUAUGGAGGAAUAUAUGCGAGGGAUAUUUUUGACCAUGUACGUGGCGCCGAUGUGUCUGGUAUCCUACUUCUACAUCAGGACCUCUCAGGAACUGAAGAACUGUGGAAACUCCUCGAGUGUGAACGGUGGACUUCGGACUUCGACUGGCGGUCAUAUUUCAGGACAUCGGCCGUUGCGAAGAGAAAUAAAAAAUGCCAAUGCCAGUCUAAACUCCCACAGAGACUGUGAUGACGACACAGUAAGUUUUCCAAAAAGACCAUUCCGCUUGGACAUCUUCCAAGAGAAAAUGAACCAGAGAUAUCUGAUUUUUACCGCUUUGGUUUACGGGAUCUGCUUGUGCCCAAUCAUGGUGCUCCGGCUGGCAAGAUUUGCUCUCGUAGAAACGUACGAUAACAGCGGGAUACUGGAUAUGGUCUACACCAUUUUUGUCUGGAUCGCUUUUGCUCCUGUCUGCAUCACCCCUUUGAUCCACCUGAUCUGGCAGUUGUCUAGUUCCUCCAACGUGGGACUGAGAAAUUACUUUCAUUGUGGAGGAAAAAACCCAAAACACACCAGAGAUUCUUUUGAAGUUUUAGACUCGGAGAUGAACGAUUCUUUUCGUAAAAGGUUCAACUUGGACAAACCACCGGUCGACACUAGAAGUUCCUCACUGAUGGAUGGUGCAGAUGGAUCUUGAUAGACCUUCUGAAAAAGGAAACCGAAUAAAUCUUUGUGAUGUCAGUCAUCGUUUCAUGUUUGUGGAAAACAUUGUUGUUCAUCUAACCCCAAGAUAAUUAAAAUAUUUGCCAUUGAAGAAAACUCCAAGAAUACCACUGAAUGUUUCCGGAAGUACUUAUUGAAUGUUAACCCUACGAUAAAAAAUAAAUUUUCAGGCUCUACAAUGAUUGAUUGUUAUGAUUUUCUAUUGCUCAAAAAUUGGAAUUUUGGUGGAACUAACGAAUUGGAGUGAGUCCUUUUUCGUGGAAAAUGUUGUUAGCGAAUGGUGGGAGAAGAUUAGGCACGUUUUGAAAUUUAAUUGGAGAUUAAUAUCGAUUUUCAGAAAAUGCUAUAUAUGUUACCUAUAAAUAAGUGUAAUUGAUGUAUCAACCCCUCUGAAAAAUAAUGUUGUCUGUGAAUAUAAUAUGAAUAUUUUCAAACAAAAUAAAAUAAAGUUGAAUCAUA